UCCCCUUUCUUCUAACACUCACAAAACUUGACAAAAAUCUCUUCCAGGAUGGUUUUGAUUUGGAUUCAAAUACUGACAAAGAGCAGACCUCUGUAAAUGGGAACUGUGACAAGUGGAUGGACUUUUCCAAAAUGUGCAAUUCAAAUCAAGAAUAUUACUUGAAGCUAGAAGAACUGAAGAACGCCCACCUGGAGACCAUGGCGAAAUUAGAAAGUAUGUAUCGGAAUAAACUACACCUAAAAGGAGCACAAUCUUUGGACAAAAAAGAUGCUGCUCCUAAUAUAUGUUAUAGGUCAACUUGGGAGAAGAGCUCAUAUCAGCCUCUCAAUUUGCACAGAUCCUUUUCUGAGUCUGACUUAACUGAUCCUUUAGGUUCAAGUAUAUCUGAUGGGUCUGAAAGUGAAUUAGUGUUUGAAGAAAAUGGUAGUGAAACUGGAUCAUCAGCGUUUGCUAAGCAGCAGAUUGAAAAAAUGUGGGACGGGUUCUCUGUGGAAGACUAUGUCCCCCGCACCAAACACAGCUUACCAAGCUCACCAGCAUUCAGAAUGAUGAGGAAGAAGCAGAAGGCAUGGUCCCCAAAAGUUACUGUGCCCAAGCCUUUCCAGAUGACUAUUAGGGAAGCCAGGAAAAAAGAACAGAAUGUCAAAUCAAAGUCACAGCUUGAAAUGGAAAAUAACUUACUGAAGAAGCAACUAGAGGAAGAGGCAGAGUGUCAGAAAAAGUUCCGAGCCAACCCAGUGCCAGCAUCCGUCUUCCUUCCGCUCUACCAUGAAAUCGCGGAACAGAACGAAGAACGCAGGAAAUGUGUGAAAGAGAGAAGCAAACUUAUGCUUUUGGCUUCUCAGAAGCCAUUUAAAUUCAUCGAAAGAGAAAAGCAAAGGAAUGAAAUUAGGAAAAUGCAAUUAAAAGACCUUUCUGCACCCGAAAAGAAAACAAAACCGUUCAAAGCAAAACCAGUUCCGAAGUGCGUUUACAGUCCAGCUGUUAAUGACAAGUUAAAGGAGGAAGAGCUCUACAGAGAAAUAAGGAUCAAAAUGCGAGCUGAGGAGUUGCUACGUAAUUCGUCUCUACCCAGCAACAGACUGGCUGUUAAAGACAUGAAUAAAAAGAAGAAACACAAGUGCAUUGAACCAAAGGAAAUAAAACAUAAACCCAAGAUCAAAUCAAACGUUCCAAAUUUUGAAAUACUACACCAAAAAUUUCAGAAACAGCUCCUGCAACAAAAGCAAGUGAAACACGUUACAGUCUGUGAACCUUUUGAUCUUCGUACUCCGUAUAUUCCCUCAAACAAAGGGAAGAUUCUGAAGGACAUUCAAGAAGAUGAAGAAAAGUUGAAAGAAACACGCUGGCCAUAUGCCUCUCCAAGACGUAAACCUCAAAUGAGACAUUCAAGUGCAAAUUCACUUCUCUCAGGAUCUGGAGAAUCUAAAUCACCAAAAAUCACGGAGUCCACAAAAAGACGGCUACAAGCCAUAAGGAAUUCACUUGAGGAAAAGAGAAAAUUGGAAGAAGAACAAAAAAGGAACAGAACGAGGCAGAAACAAAGAGCGAGAAAACUGCAGAACAUUAUAACAACCCGGGCUGAGGCCAAUGACCCACAUCAGAGCCUAGCUCAGAUGUCUAAAUCCAAAUUAAAAACAUUCAGGAAUUAUGAGAAGCAGAGAAUGCAAGAGUAUUUGCAAGAAUUGCAAGAAAUGGAAGAACGAGUAAACCAAAGGCCAUUGCUUUUGGAAAGAGCCACUCAGAAAAAUGCAAGAAUAGCUGCAGAGAAGCAUUAUUCUAACACACUGAGAGAACUUGGGAUAUGCACAGACUUUGUUUCAAGGAAAGGGCAAACAACUACCUUGCUAGAACGCUCCAGCGCUGAAGAUUUUAAAACCUCCACUAAUGCUAAAGAAAGACUCAGCAAAGAUGAAGUCAAAGAAAGGAAAUCCUUUGAGGAAGCAGCAGACAGCAGUCCCGGAUCUGAGCAGUCUUGCAAGGAGGAGGAGCAGAAGAGAAAAGGGGUCAGAGCCUCCACCCAGGAUGACCACUCCAGUGAGGAGGAGGAGGCAAGAGCCAGCCUUCAUGCUCAUCAGCUUUGCCACGCAGGGGAGGCUGGUGCCAGCCCCGACUCCAACCAGUGCCAUGAAGAGGAGGAGGAGGAAGAGGAGGGAGCAAAGACGGACUUGCUGCUUGGCUCCUGCUACGAGGACGAGGAGGGAGGGGAAAGAGCCAGCUCUCAGUCUGAUCGUGCCAGUGAGCAAGAAGAACAGGGUCAGUCUGACCCUGAGGCUCAGGGUGCCUUCAGAUAUGACGAUGAGGAGUAUGAAAAUGAUGAUUCAGAAGAGAAAACCAGUGAUGAUGAAGGUGGCUGAAAGGAAGGCAGACAGGAAGGCUGGGGCUCAAAAGCACAUUUCCUUGCUGGCAGUGAAAUAGAUUAAAGCAAAACAUGGGUUUCUGCUACAAAGUUUUGCGCAUUUAAAGCUCUUAACCUACAGACUUUCCAGGACAGAACUUGCAUCUAUUUUCCAGUAAGAAAGAUCAAGUUUUCCAUUUCCAUCAAGAAAUUUCUUCGAUUACUUUUACAUUUACUUUUUAUUCUAGGCUGCUGUGACAUUAAUAUACCUCUGCUCAUAAAAUUAACAGCAAAUGUCUUGCAUACUGUGAUAGUAGGUGGUAGGUACUAGUAGGUUUUAACACGUCCAUCUCUCUUUCUGUAUGCUGGCAAAACCAGAUGAGACGUCGAUGGAAUAAUUAGCCUCCACAUCUCAAACAUUUCAGUACUUCUGUGUGAUCUGUUCCUGUAAUAUCUUCUACUAUGCCCGCAAAGUGAUAGGGGGAGUUUCUCAUGUAAGACCUCUUGAGCGUUAUUGGCAGAGCAGGCACAAGGAGGACAACUUCUUGUGUAGUCAGAAAAAAUGACCAAAUUAAUCUGUUCACUUCCUCCCUCCGCUUCCAAUCCAUGGGGUUCAGCUUCUGCCUGUUUAAAUCAGACAAAUUCGCUAAGUGAUGGGUCAGAUGAGUGCCAGCACCAGAAAGGAACAGGGAUUGCUGCUUUUCCAAGAAGCAAGCUGUUGGAUCAACUAGACUAUUUUGUCUAGCUAAAACAUUAUCAGUAUCUCAGUUGCUAAGGGCUAUCCCUAUAGAACAGAAAUAAAAUGUCCAGAAUACUCCGAGAGGAAUCCCUUAAUUCAACUUCCAAAGCACUUUUUAAUGCUUAGAAAUGAGUGAGGUAGAAGUCGUCAGUAGGACUUAUCUUAAGAAAAAAAGAUAUGUUAUAUGCCGCUCCAAAAUUGUUUUUUAACCCCAUUUCGUUUUGAAGAGCUCUUCCCACCAUCGUGUAAAAUAAUUCUUUAUAAUGUAAUGACAAAUACUGACAUUAAUCUUCAAAUUUCUUUACUGAGACAGUAAACAUACUAUAAAAAGAGGAAAUUAUUACAUCAGGAUAAAAAACAACCAGCAACUGUAGUUUUUUGCAUAUAUAUGGAAAGCAUGGAAAGGAAGACUUUUACUUUUCCUCACAUACUUGCUACUCAGAACUGCAGCUACUACACAACCAAAAGUGCACACGGAGGCUUUUUUGGCCCUAUUCUUGCCCCUUUCCUUCUAACCAUGUCAUAUCGAAUAUUAGGAGAGAAAAUAAAAGGUAUCUACAUAGUAAGGGAUCUCUGCUAAGGAUUUCAAACAAGUCUUUUGAGCUUAGUAGAGAACAGGGUAAAAUAUUACAUGGCGCAGGGACUCAAAACACAUUCAGUGAAUACUAGAAAACACUGUAUAUGUUAAAACUAGCAAGUUUGCAAAGACAUCUGAAAUGAAUAACAAUAAAGGAUUUUUUUUAAAAUCUC